CUAUUUGUAAACACAGAUCCCGCUUCAAAUUUUUACCGAAAGGAUCCACAAGAAUCGCUGAAGUCUCGUACAAAUCUGAAUUUAGUCCAGGAAAAUGAAGAUACCGAACAAGGGCCAGCUGGAGCAAAUAAUGGAGGAACACACUGGAAGGAGAACACGUAUUUCAAAAGAUGCAGCUUCGUAUAUGUAUCUGCGGUACCUGAUUUACAUGAAGGAGUUGGCGAAGAAGGCCGAUGCCAUUGCGUUCAGUCAAAGGAAGUCAUUGAUUGGAGGUGAUAAUAUUGCUCGUGCAGCUCCGAGGCUCCUCACAGAAUUCAGUGAUGCUCAGAACAUCCGACUGAGAGCUAAGAGGAGGAGCAGUGAAGGUGCAAAUGAAGAAGCCAAAAGCAAAGAGAGGUCCAGCAGAGGAGAGAGCGAAGAAAGUUCCGAGGAAGAAGAAAAGGAGGCCAGGGGAAGCAGCAAAGAAAAUCAGCGGAGGAAAGUGAUGAAGAAGGGGAAAAAGCGGAUUAAGGUUACUUUUGGCUGAGUGGAUAAUUGCACUUGAUGAUUUCAUUGUUAAAUUUCUUUGCAACACAUCAGCUAUUGUGCUGAUGUACUCAGAAACUUUUGGCUUUGUAACAGUUAUGUAAUAUUGGAUUUCUAUGUGUACUAUAUUCCUAUAUUUCAACAACCGUAUUUUUGUAUCUUUCUGAAUAUUCUUUUCUUUUUUUUCUUUAUUUCUUUCUUUUAUGAUUUUGUACUUGAUUCAUUGUAAUACUGUACUGUAAAUCAGGUACUGGAUUUAUUUGUAGUGUUAAGCAAAACCCAUCUUGUACUAAUUGAUAACAAACCAAAAGUUAACAUAGUGGCUAAUACUUUCUGGUUUGCUUUGUAAUAGAAUAUAAUACUUAGAUUAUACUGUCAUUUCAUAUCUUUACCAUAGUUAAGGAUGAUUGUGCAUAAGAAUGUUGUAGUACAAAAACAUCAUGAUUUUACUUUUGUAUUGUUAUAAAUGCUGGGUAAGAAUGACUAUCCAAUGAUAUUAACUUUUAGGAUAAACUGAUUAUAAUGUGUAAGGUCCCUUUUUGUAACUGUAUCAUAUGCUUGUACCAUUCUGCAAUCCACAAAGCCAUUCACAGAACCUGGUGAAAUUUAUUAAACAAUUUUCAGGCAACAAGGGUUUUUCUCCCUUUUUUAGAGAGAUAUUUAUUACAGAGAGCUAAUAAUAUCCUUUUAAAAAUGAAUGUCUAAAUAUAUGUCCUAUUUACAUGUUGAAGAAAAUUUUUGUACAUGAAUUUUUAUAUCUCCAAUAAACUUGUGUAAGAAAUGGAAUCUGUUAUUGUAAAUAAAAAAUUCCCUUUUUGUG